CCAGCGCAGCCGUCCAUCCUCGGUACCCCACAACACCCAUGCCGGCCGCGUGCUUUCCCCGCGCGCCCGCCUGAGGGCCUCCCCCCCGCUUGUGUCUUCGGAGGCCACAUGGCUGCCCGCGCGCUGGCGGCGCUGCUGGCCCUGGCGGCGGCGCGCGCCGAGCCGUCCGACCCCGUGGUGUCGCGGCCCGCUCCGGCGGGCGCCAGGCCGCCGCAGGCGCAGCGGAUCAAGCUGUCGCAGCGAGAUUGGGACCAGCUGCGCACAGACAUCGUCUCGGCCCCGGCGCUGCGCGGCUCCGGCGGCGGCGCCGAAGACGGGUACAGCAGGUACCCCAGGGGCCUCAUGACGAUGCAGUUCAUCAUGAACGUAUCCAGGGAGAUCCCCAUCAAGAUCGAGGGCCUCAGCGACAAGGAGCUCCGGAAGUCCACGGCCAUCGUCACGCACACCGGCAAGAACAACAUGGACUACAUCGACCACGCCGUCAUGCUAGGACGUGCGCUGAAGAAGUUCGUUCCGGAGUACCCGCUGGUGGCCAUAGCGGUCGAGGGCAUGUUCGAGGUGAACCAGGAGCUGCUCCGGAAAGCGGGCUGGCACGUCGCCCUGGUCGAGGACUGGGGCUCCGAGCACUGCAACGGCAACUGCGCGUCCAAUUUCCUCGGCCGCUGGGGCGACAGCUUCGAGAAGCUCAACGCCUUCAGGGUGCCCUUCGCGAAGGCGCUCUUCCUGGACGCGGACACCUACGUGUUCAGCGGGGAGAUCCGCGACGUGAUUGAGCGCUCGGAGCUCCAGG